AUGGAGAACGCUGAAGAGAUAUUUCACUUUCUUGAAGACUUCUCCAAACGCAAACCUAAAACGAUUCCACAGGAGCUUAAUGAAUACUUGGCAUACGUAGCCCGAACCGGUGAUCCAGUCUACCAGUGGUCACUUGUUAAAAGUUUAUUCAAAGAAAAGUUACUAUCCGUUAUCACCGACUUUUACGAGACAACUCCAGGUAUUGACAUUCCACCUUAUCCAAACGUGGACCCAUUUAAUUAUGAUAUUAUGAAAAAUAGCUUAUUAGAACGCCUAGAUUCAUUCACCUCAGCACCUUUUACAGUUCAAAGAAUUUGUGAAUUACUUACAUUUCCGCGAAAACAAUACAAUCGGGUUGACAAAUUUAUGAGAGCAAUAGAAAAGAAUAUUUUAGUGGUCAGUACCAGAGAACCUGGCAUACAGCGACAUGCUGAACCGGAAAAUGGAGAACCAGUUGAACCUAUUGUAAACGGCUCGGACAACAAUUCUGAGUACAAUGUAGAUGUUGAGAUGGAAGAUAUGUCUUGGAAAGAAAAUGCUGAACAGCCACAAAUCUCGGAACCUCAACCUGGAUCAUCUGAUGCCCACAUUUCUGUAGAUGACAUAGAGGCUCGCUUGAAAGCUAAACAAGAGACUCCAAUGGAUACUCAAGAAAAAACCACUACACAAUAUGAGUCUGUAACACCUCCAGAAUUAAAUAUUACUGCAGAUGAAACACCUGAGGAGAGCAAACCAAAUGCAGAAACAGCACCUUCUACUGCGUCUGCUGAGGAAUCCAAAAUGGAAACAACUACCACAGAAACAUCAAGUGAGGAAGCAAAGGUUGAUGUUGAAAUGAAACCUGAGGUUGCAGCACCUGCUUUAAUCAUUCCAGAAAUUAAAGUAGAUGAUGCUGAAAUGACAGAACAAAGGCUUACAGAGCAAUCAUCAGCAGAAAAAGUUGAAAGUACUGAGGCAAGUGACAAGGAAGCUCCAGCUACUGAAUCAAAGCCUGUAGUGGACCCACAACCUGUAAGCAUUGAUGAAAAUAGCUCAGAUUCCACAACAAAAGAGGACAGUGAACCUAAGCUAAUAUCUGAAGUUUCCACAUCUAGUGAGGAAAGUUCGUCCUCAAGUGACAACACUGAUGGAAAUAGCAAUUCACCUAAGGCAGAUGAGAGACACAUAGAUGUUCAAGAAGAGUCAAACCAAUCAGAUACUCCUUCAGACACAGCAUCAGAAGAAAGUAAUGUAAAGGAAAAUGAACCAACUCCUGAAACUACACCAGAAAGACCUGCAGAAGAAGCAUCUCCUAAGGUUGAGAUGCAAUCAGAUAAUUAUUCAAUAUCAGAUGUUAAUUCUGAAUUACCUCAACCACCUGAGGAAAAUCCCAAGUCCCCAGAGGUAACGGAGGACAAGAAAGAGCCAGAAAAAAUUGAAGAAAUUAAGUCUGAAAGUACUGAAACAGAACAAACUAAAGAAUCGUAA